AUGGCAUCAUAUCCUCAAACACAACCUGCCUCUGCGCAGUCACUGCAGAACUAUACAUUCCCGCGCAAUCGCCUUCGACUCACCCAGACCAACGGCGACAAGAUACCUCUCGUGCUCAUUGCUUGCGGCUCUUUCUCUCCCAUCACCUACCUACACUUGCGGAUGUUCGAGCUGGGUGCCGACUUUGCCAAAUUCAAUACCGAGUUUGAGGUUAUGGGAGGAUACUUUUCACCCGUUUCGGAUGCAUACAAGAAGGCUGGCCUGGCAAGCGCGGAACACAGGUGUGUACAUAUUUGCUCUACAUGA